AACAUUUGAAUAUUUUUUAUUAUUAUUUUCAAGUAGUUUUCAUUGUUGACUACGUCUUAUAAUAUUAUAUAUUAAUUAAUGGUUAUGAUACCGUUUCAUAAAUAUUAUUAAAAUCAGUAUCAUAAAAUUUGUUUACAUUCAUGUAGACAAAACAUUUUACAAACAUUUAUUAGUGGUAAUCAUCUGUCGAAUCUCGGAUAGAUGAGUCCGUAUAACAAACUGUAUGAAAUGAUUGGUAAAAAAUGGGCUUUACCGAUGUAGUUGUGCAAUCGGACUGCGAACGGUUGUUAAAAGACAUUCAAAUGAGAAGAAAAACAGAACAUCGUAUUACCUUAAGGAAACUGGUUAUGUUUUUUGCAUUGUUGACUUUAUUCGGUAUCAUAUAUUUCGGUUAUUUUUGUUCAGACAAUCGUUGUUCAUUUUCUUAUAAUCCUAAACCGGCCAUUUAUUCAGAAUGGACAGUAAUGAAUCUUUUAUCUACCAACAUAACUGACUUUAAAAGCGCCAAAGACACAGGUACAGGAGUGAGUUACAAUGAUAUGCAAAGUGAAAACCAAUUACGUUUUGACAUGAAUGCACAUGAUGUCAUGGUGUUUUUGCAUAUACAGAAAACUGGUGGUACAUCGUUUGGGCGUCAUCUUGUUCAAGAUUUAGACUUACAGCGUCCUUGUACAUGUCAAAGAAAAAGAAAGUUAUGUUAUUGUUUCAGACCUAGUCGAAAUGAAAAUUGGCUAUUUAGUCGAUAUUCUACUGGAUGGAAGUGUGGACUCCAUGCGGAUUUUACUGAGUUAACUGGAUGUGUUGAUUCUGAACUUGAUAAAAAUGAAGGAAAAUCUAUUAAACGAAGAUAUUUCUAUCUUACUUUAUUGAGAGAUCCAGUUAGUCGUUACCUCUCUGAAUACAAACAUGUGCAAAGAGGAGCAACUUGGAGAAUGUCUAGACAUUGGUGUGGAGGUCAUCCAGCAUCACUUGAAGAAUUGCCAAAAUGUUAUAAUGGUACAUUUUGGACAGAUGUAACAUUAAAUUCGUUUGCAGAUUGUCCAUAUAAUUUAGCUGCCAAUCGACAAACUAGAAUGUUAGCAGAUCUAUCUCUGAUUGGUUGUUAUAAUUCUUCAUAUAUGAAUCAAGAAGAACGAAACAGGGUCAUGCUAGCAAGUGCUAAAAGAAACUUACUAUCAAUUGCAUUUUUUGGACUCACUGAAUAUCAAAAAUUAAACCAAUACAUAUUUGAAGAAACAUUUAAUUUAAGAUUUGCAGUAACAUUUACACAACAUAAUACAACUCUAUCUGCUGUUUAUAAAUCUUUAUUAAAUGCUGAAGAAUUGGAAAAAGUAAAAAAAAUAAAUGCAUUGGACAUUGAGCUGUACAAUUUUGCAAAGCAUUAUUUAUUUCGGCGAUUUGAAAAAUUACGAGCAAAAAACCCAAAUUUUAAAGAACGGUGGGCACAUUUAGGCCAAUUACCUAGUCAAACCGCAUUUGACUGGGAAAAAGAAGUAGAGACUGAAGCUGCUGACAAUGAAGUAAAUUAUACGUAGCAUUAACUCUUUUUGUUAAAAACAAAAAAAAACAAACAAAGAAAAGCAACAGAUCUCUUGUUUAUUUGAAAGAAUGUAUAUUGUAUAAUAUGUAUGCUUUAAUCAUUUCCCGAGCUUGUUCCUGCCAUGCCAAAAUACUAAAAUUAAAUUGUAUGUAUUCACAUUUAAAGAAUUGAAUACAACUAAAUAAUAAUGUUAUUAUAUAAUUAUUUAUAGUUUAUAUAUUAAUAUAAUUUAGUUAUUGUUGUACUAAAGGAGCAAUGUUCUUACAAAUAUUAUACACUCAUAUCAUAAGUAAAGGAAAAUAAUAUUUAGAGCUUUAAUACAAAUUUUAAACUUAUCUAAAAUUAAUUAAUAUUUGUCCACGGUAAUUGAACCAUUCCAGUUAAAUUUUAAUAUUUUAAAUUAACAAUUAUUAUAAAUGUAAUUAGAUAACAAAAUUAACCACAUUGCAGUAUUUUAAAUUAGAUUUCCCAAAUGAAUUAAGAUUGAUCAUUAAAAAUAUACAUAUCAAAUAAUAACAAAAUUAAAAAUAUGUCAUUGAAUCAUAGAUGUAUAAUGAGCAAAGUUAUCAUUUGAAUUACUUAUGUAUUCUUUAUUAUCAAAUUUUACUUUUUACAAGACUGUAAUUUAAAAUUAACCAAAUCAAAUUCAAAUUAAUUAUAUUAUUUUUAUUUACUGAUAACUUGUAUACCUGAUAAACCAAACUAAUUUAACCACCUAUUAAGAAACAUAAUACAAUUUUAGCCGUGAAUGUAUUAAAAUAUAGUUUAUUUAUAUUUAUAUUUUAUAAAAUAUACUUAUUAUUUACCAAGUAUUUUAUUAUUAUAUAAUAGAAAAGCAUAAAUAUGUAUAUAUUAAACAAUUGUGCGUAUUCAGUAAGUUGACAAUCUUAACAGUAAUAUCUCAAACUCAAAUAUAUUUUAAUAAUUUAUAAGCUGUAGAGGUGAAUGAUAAUAUGUUGUAUACUUAUACAAUACUUAGUUAAUCAUACUUAAAAUGUGAAUAUUUUAGUUAUCCACAUGAGUCUGAAUUUGAUUAAAUAUAAAAUAUUAUAGUGUUAACAUUGUAUAAUUGAUAUGGAAUAAAUUUUAUUUCUUAUAAUUGCA